AUGCAAAAAGAGUCUCCUCACGUGAAAUACAUCCUCCUUAUGCCUGUCGUGAUAUGCUAGUUUAACAGACUAGGUUAACAUUGUCUGUCCCUCUACGUCAUGACCUCACAAAUUAACCGACAAAUUAACCCGAACGACGGUUGACCCAGGGUGACCUUGAAUAAAUUCUUAGUUGAUUUGAUUGACGAUUAGCGUUGUUCCGGCUGAGAACUGAAAAUGAAGAGGAGCGCGAUAAUGAAUUGGCAUCCUACCAGAAGAAAACUACCAGUCAGCCUGGAAAGAAAUACUUCACCAUGCUACUAGUACUUGGUACAUUGUUCCUAGGUUAUAUAGCCAUAGCGAAUGACUUAAAACCCAUCAGAAUAGGCAGUAAGGCUAUUGAUACCCUAGCACUUUCAUUUAAUUUACAAAAACCGUUCUACGUGGUUGUGAUCGACGCUGGAUCUACUGGUAGCCGCGUAUUAGCGUUUAGCUUUCACGAGUCCAUUCUCAAUGGCAAUUUAGUGCUUGAUAAUGAACUAUUCAAAGAAAUAAAACCUGGCUUAAGCUCAUUUGCCGACAAACCGGAGGAUGCUGCAAAGUCUCUAACUACACUUCUGAACGAGGCGAAGGCGGUGAUUCCACAGUCGGAAUGGCCUCGUACAUUGCUGACGAUGAAGGCCACGGCAGGGCUGAGGUUGUUGCCGGAGCAUAAAGCCAAUGGCAUACUAGAGGAGUGCAGAAAGUUGUUCCAAACGUCCGGAUUCCAGAUCGCGAGAAAUUCUAUCUCCAUAAUGGAAGGCACAGACGAGGGAAUCUUCUCCUGGUUUACCGUCAAUUUCUUACUGGACCGUUUUAACUCACUCAGCUCUCAAACUACCGUGGCCGCGUUGGAUCUCGGCGGUGGUUCUACGCAAGUUACGUUUCAACCGGAUGGCGUCCAGGCGAAAAAAUUAGAAAAACAUGUUUACUCCAUCAAUGUAUUCAAUCACAACAUGAGUCUGUACACGCAUAGUUACUUAGGCAUGGGUCUAAUGGCUGCCAGAAAGGCGAUUUUGACCUAUGAUAUGAAUCUUGAGGAUACAAGUCUCAAAGUUCCCAUAGAGAUACAUUCCGAGUGCAUCAAUCCGAUCGUAUCUACCGAAUGGUCUUACCAAGGGCGCAAUUACAUUGUAAAAGGUCCAACAAAUGGCACAUAUAAAUUAGUUAAAACACAAAAUUUUGCUGGCGGAGAUGAGAACAAACCGAUAGUACGCUUUGCGGAAUGUUUAAAGAUUAUUGAGAAAUAUAUUGGUACUCUCACAGAAAAACCAAUAGGUUUGAAGGAUCACGAAGUAUAUGCUUUUUCGUACUAUUUUGAACGUGCGACUGAGGUAGCAUUAAUAGAUCCAUUUUCGGGCGGAAUGGUGCAAUUGAAUUCAUUUUUUAAACAAGCCACGGAGACGUGCGACUAUCCAAACACAGAUCAACCGUUCAUGUGCUUGGAUUUGACAUUUAUUUAUGUUCUGCUAAGAGAUGGAUUUGGCUUGGAACCGUCGACUAAGCUGCAUCUUUAUAAGAGGAUCAAUGGCCAUGAAUUAAGUUGGGCAUUGGGAGCCGCAUUCAAUGUUCUCCAAAAUGGACUUUGACUUUUAUUGUUCUAUUAUUGUUAGUUGAGUUUUUAUUCUAAAUUUCUAAUUAAAAAGACAAAGCAGGAAACAUGCAAUUAAAGAAAAAGGAACAUGUAAAAAUAAUAUGUUUUCACGUUUUUUAUAUAAAAACUUUGGAUUUAAUGAAACAUAAUUACUGACGCUCACUGCACAAUUGCCUAAUCGUACAAUUGUCUAUUCAAACAUCUCUAUUACAAUUUAAAGGAAAGCAGUAUUUGCUGUAUACUUUUAUGUAUAAGUAUAAUAUAUUUUUAUCUGAAAAUAUCACAUCUUAUGAAAAACA